AUGGCAUCAUUAGCAACAAAUUUCUGCGGUUUCAUCUUCUUCUUCCCCAUUGGUCUCCAUCGUUUACUCUCAUCUUCCUCUCUCUAUCUCCACAACCCUUCUCACUUCCGAUCCAAACUCUGGUAUCUCUCCGACCCAAACUGGAAAAAUCUUGAUCUCUAUCUUCUCCUCAUAGCCUUACCAAUCGCUUCAUUCUCAGAAUUUUUCAUCUUUCUCUCUUUCUCCAACCACCCCACUUUCCGUUUCUCAUUCUUCCAACAAUCUUUCACUCUUUUAGCUUUCUGGGUCUUGAUCAUAUUGAUCAUUGGAUUGGAAUAUGUUAACUCUUUGCAUGUUAGUGAUAGUUUUGUUUAUGUUUUUGGUGGUGUUGUGUUUUUGAUGGAGUAUGAUGUUAUGGAUAAAGGUGUUUCAGGUGUUGCUGAUGUUGUUUAUGGUUUGUUAGGUGGAUUGACACUUGUGUGUGCUUCUGCAUGUUUUUAUUUGUCUGUUAAACCUAAUGCAUUUUUCGCGGAGUUUUUCUUGUGUUGUGGGAUGGUUUUUAAGGGUACUUGGUUUUUGCAAAUUGGGUUUUCUUUGUAUACUGAUUUGUUUGGAUUGAAAGGGUGUAAGAAGAUUUCGGUUUUGAGUUUGAGUCCGCGGAUUGAGAAUGUCGAUGUUUUAUGUGAUCUUGAUGAGGAUAGUUUGAGAGGUAUUGCUAUGAUGGAGCUUUUGUUUAUUUUGCAUGCUAUUGUGGUGUUGAUUUUGGGUCUUGGAUUUUUUGGAUUGGUAUCGUGGGGCGGGAAUUUGAGAGGCGGUGAUGUGAAGGGACCGUUGCUGGCGGAUCUUGAAUCCACAAGUAUGAGAUUGUGUGAUGCUUCAGAGAUCGAGAUGGGGUGA